GAACAUGGCUCUUGUAGGCUAGGACCAUCAUAUAUUAUUUUGUUUUGUAGUAAUACCAAUUCAAAAAAUUAACAAAAAGUUGAAACGCGCGGCUCGGCAAAACGGCAGACGCGUUGUUUGUACAGUGCUUGGCUUACCUUCCUUCUCUCCUUCAUGGCCUUUCCACAAGCUGCAAGUCGUUUCCUCGUGCCCCUUGGCUUGGCCGUUGCCGUUGCGCAAGCCAGUAUCUACGAUGUCCCAGGUGGUUUCCGCGCAGUCAUGUUUGACCGCUUUUCUGGUGUAAAGGACAAGGCCACCAGUGAAGGCACCCACUUCCUCGUCCCAUGGCUGCAGAGAGCAAUCUUGUAUGACUGCCGGAUUAAACCCCGUAAUAUUUCGACAACCACCGGUUCAAAAGACUUGCAAAUGGUCUCCAUCACACUUCGUGUCUUGUCCAGACCAGACGUCGAGCAUCUACCUCGCAUUUACCAAAGCCUUGGCUUGGACUAUGACGAACGUGUCCUACCCUCCAUCGGGAACGAAGUCCUAAAGGCUAUCGUGGCACAGUUUGAUGCUGCUGAAUUGAUCACCCAGCGUGAGGUGGUCUCGUCGAGAAUACGUGCAGACUUGCUACAACGUGCCGGCGAGUUUAACAUCAAGCUCGAGGAUGUGUCUAUCACGCAUCUGACAUUCGGAAAGGAAUUCACUCAGGCUGUUGAAGCCAAGCAAAUCGCACAGCAAGAUGCCGAGAGAGCCAAGUUCAUCGUUGAAAAGGCGGAGCAAGAGCGUCAGGCCGCCGUUAUUCGUGCAGAAGGUGAGGCAGAAGCAGCAGCAACGAUUUCAAAGGCCAUGGACAAAGCCGGAGACGCCUUCAUUGCACUGCGUAAAAUAGAGGCAAGCAAGGCUAUCGUGCAGAGCUUGGCUGCCAAUGGGAAUGUGACAUAUAUUCCGAGCAAUGGUGUCUUAUUAAACGUACCUACAAAGUAGUCUAUCUACAAAGUUCUACUACUACUACCAUUGAAUUGAAAUCGGCGAUGACCGUGGGAUGAAUUCCCAUGGAUGAUGUGGUGAAAAAUGGGAUUGUAAAG